GCCCCGCAAUCGGUACGAAACCCGCAAUAUUUAGUUUGGAAAAUGACCGAAUCUUGUGGAUUUGUACAACCAAUUAAUAUGAUGCUACUUGUAAUGUUCUAGCAUAUUUUAUUUGUGGCAUUCAGGAAUGGUAUUCUACGAAUAAGUGGAAAUAAUAAGUGAAAGUUAUUUAAAAACAAAGAAACGGCUGCUUAUGCCAAAGGUCCUAUUGCGUUCCUCCAGCGUCACGUGACCGGGUGGGCGGGGUCAGUGAGUCGAACCGGAACAGCCUGGACAGUCCGGCUGAGUCCAUCUCCGCCAGAUAUGAAGUCCAGGACUAGAAACGGUACGGCCCACAGUGGCCGCAAGGCUCUGCCGCUGUCCAUCCUGGGCGGCCUGCUGAUCUGCCUGUGCGCUGCGAGCCGGGCCGACGACAGCAGCAUGGAGAACAUCGUUACCGAGAAGCAGGCUGAGGAAAGCCACAGGCAAGACAGCGCUAACCUGCUCAUCUUCAUCAUGCUGCUUACUCUCACCAUCCUCACCAUAUGGCUCUUCAAACAUCGGCGAUUCCGGUUUUUACACGAAACGGGACUGGCCAUGAUUUACGGUCUCCUGGUAGGCGUGGUCCUCCGGUAUGGCAUCCACGUGCCCCGCGACAUCAACAACGUGACCCUCAGCUGCCACGUCAACGCCAGCCCGGCCACCCUGUUGGUCAACGUCAGCGGCCGCUUCUAUGAGUACACGCUAAAGGGCGAGAUCAACGCCAACGAGGUCAAUGAAGUUCAGGACAACGAGAUGCUCCGGAAGGUGACCUUUGACCCGGAGGUGUUUUUUAACAUCCUGCUGCCGCCGGUCAUCUUUCACGCAGGAUACAGUUUGAAGAGGAGACACUUUUUCAGAAACAUGGGCUCCAUCCUCGCCUAUGCCUUCAUGGGGACGGUCGUGUCCUGUUUUGUCAUCGGCAUGGUGAUGUACGGCUGUGUCAUGCUCAUGAAGCAGGUGGGCCAGCUGGCCGGCGAUUUCUUCUUCACCGACUGCCUGUUUUUUGGAGCCAUCGUGUCGGCCACAGACCCAGUCACGGUCCUGGCCAUCUUUAACGAGCUCCAGGUGGACGUCGAUCUCUACGCUCUGCUUUUCGGGGAGAGCGUGCUCAACGACGCCGUGGCCAUCGUCCUGUCCUCGUCCAUCGUAGCCUAUCAGCCAACCGGGGACAACAGCCACACCUUCGAGGCCAUGGCCAUGCUGAAGUCCUUCGGCGUUUUCCUGGGCGUCUUCAGCGGCUCCUUCGCCCUCGGCCUGGCCACCGGCGUCAUGACGGCUCUGGUCACCAAAUUCACCAAGUUGCGGGACUUCCCACUGUUGGAGACGGCGCUCUUCUUCCUCAUGUCCUGGAGUACCUUCCUCCUGGCCGAAGCAUGCGGCUUCACAGGUGUUGUGGCCGUGCUCUUCUGUGGAAUCACCCAGGCCCACUACACCUACAACAAUCUGUCCCCGGAGUCCCAGGACAGGACCAAGCAGCUGGCUGUGUUCCUCGGCAGGGCUGCUAACAUCUACCCCCUGUCCCUCCUGCUCAACCUGGGCCGGAAGAACAAGAUCGGCUCCAACUUCCAGCACGUCAUGAUGUUUGCAGGGCUGCGCGGGGCCAUGGCUUUCGCCCUCUCCAUCCGGGACACAGCCACCUACGCUCGGCAGAUGAUGUUCUCCACCACACUGCUCAUCGUCUUCUUCACCGUAUGGGUGUGCGGAGGGGGCACCACGCAGAUGCUGUCCUUCAUGCGAAUCCGUGUCGGAAUGGAUUCGGAUCCGGACCACUCUCUGAAUGCCCCCGAUGGAUCCGAGCGCCGGGCCAAACACGACAGCGCUUGGCCGUUCAGACUCUGGUACAACUUUGACCACAACUAUCUGAAGCCAAUCCUGACACACAGCGGCCCCCCCCUCACAGCCACUCUGCCUGCUUGCUGGGGUCCACUGGCACGGUGUCUCACCAGCCCUCAGGCCUAUGAGAACGAGGGCCAGCUGCAUGACGACGACUCGGACCUGAUCCUGAACGACGGCGACAUCAGCCUGACGUACGGUGACGUGGCAGUGAGCACAGAUGCCUCGGGGGUGCGGGGCUGUUCCGCCAUGACCUCGGACGAGGCCCUGGACCGCGAACUGGCCUCCGGAGAGAACGAGCUGGUGAUCCGCGGCACUCGGCUGGUGUUGCCCAUGGACGACACGGAGCCUCCCCUGGCCCUGGCGCCCCCCCCCUCCGGUUCAGACCUGCGGCGCCUCCGGGAGUGAAAGACUUAUCUCCUUCUCUCCUUCUCUCUCCCUCUCGCGCUUUGUAUUCAGUCUCUCUCAGCCUCCUCUUUUUAAGACAAACGUCGGCUGUUCUGUUUGUCUGCCUCACCUCUUUCCUGCAAACGUCUCACACAUAUUUAUUUAUUUAUGAUUUAUUUUCCCAUGAGAAAUCUUUUCUCUACACUAGACUGUAGUCCAGUCAACGCGGCAAUCUUCACUGAUCUCUGGCGGAGCUUUCUAGAAAUGUGCAUGCGCAUCCCCAGCAAAAAGCAUAUUGGCUGCUUUCGUUAGCCUACGAGGUGUUCUGCUUUGUGUUCUCCUGUUUGCCUGCGGGGGGCGCCGUGAGAGCUCUCAGCCUAUCUUGCACCCUCUCGCAGUUUGAGGGGCGAGUGUGUGAGUGUGUGAUGGAUCCGGGUAUGUCCUGUGGGGGGGGGGGGCUGUUCUUUUCUCACGCCACCGGCAGCCUUGGUGUGUCGGAGUCACCCGCCGCAUUUUGGAUCCCCUACCAACCCUCAGCUGUGGCUGUGACAUCACCGCACCUUCUCCUGUAACCAGACACUCCAUGUGUGUGUGGGCUCCCAGCAGUGUUGGCUGGACACCUGUUUACCUGUUUUUACCUUUUCUACUUGGGUCCAGAGUAAUUUUCAGAGGAGGUCAGCAGUUUCCUGCCGACCCGCCUUUUUCCAGAAGCCCCCUGUGAUCACUGUAAGCUGUGAAUAUAAAGACAGUGUGAGAUGCAUGUUAAGCUUGUAAUAAAACAAGCCUUUUAGUGACCAGUAUGCAAAGGAAUAAGGCGUCAGGAUCGGGAGCUGGACCCAGACCCCAAACUGGCCCUGAGUGGCAUCCCGAGGGCCGAGUCCCGAGGGCCGAGUCCCGAGGGCCGAGUCCCGAGGGCAGAGUCCCGCAGCUGUCAGCACUGCCGAGGCUGGGGGGAGCGGCAUAGGAACGGGGUUCCAGAGACUGGAAUAAUACCGCUUAGGUUUUGAUAAUGAUCCUCUUAACAAGCAGCCACAGAACAAAAGUGCGAGAGCAGAGUGGAAGGUUUAAAAAAAAAAAAAAAUGUUUCUGCUGCCGUCGUCUUUGUUUCGUUUCUGAAUGUUGCCUUUGGGCGGCGGCCUGGAGGGUCGGUGCGUCUAGCAGCUUCAGCGCAGGCAGAGAGCCUCUUAAUGGGGUGGGAGGGGUGUGAGAAACAGAGCGGCGCUGCAAACGGGG